GGAGAAGUGAGGAGAAAGCGAGGCAGUUUGACGAGGAGCAAGGAUAGCUGGAUGCAGAGGGCGAGUAAUCUGUGGUUUGCAAGAUGGGAGGAUCCGUUCCUGGCAGGAUUUCUGUUGCAGACGGAAAGCGGCCCAAACCUAAACUUGUAAGUGGACGGCAAGGAGGAGGGAACAGGUGGAUGAGGAGCGGCUGUAGGAGCAGAUUUUCAAGUCUGUCUUGGUGAUAAAAGUUAAGAGUGGGUCGGGCAAGAAGAGUUUUGGAAGAACCGGGUCCUGAGAUUACACAAUGGUUGUGCGGACGGAAUCGAGUGGUAAAGACAACUGCGAAUGCUGGUGGAAGAGUGGCGGGCAAGCUCUCAAGAUCUCGGGCAGCAGCGUCUCCAAGACCAGGGAUGCUCCUGACUUCUGCGUCGCCCUCGGUGCCAUGGAGUUCGCCAGCGGGACUCAUGAGUUUGACUUCGGCAUCAGCCGAGGGAGCGAUUCGGUGGUGCAUGUAGGGGUGGCGUCACCGGACCUGGAGCUGGAUCAGACGUUCUGCAGGAAGGAGGCCAGGGACAGAGUGUGGUACUUCUUCGGUUGCGGGUACGUGAACGCGAUGAGGAACGGAUGGGACGACAUCGUGUCCAAGGAGGCGGACGGUACAAAGCUGCCAAAGCUGCAUACCUCAGACAAGGUGCGGCUGCACCUCAACAUGGAUGAAGGAGAGCUGCGGUUCUCUCUGUUCCGGCCAGAGGAAGGAGGAUGGUCACAGCUCCCUGGCAAGCUGAGCGGGAUCAAGGGGCCGGUCGUUGCUGCCUGUUGCCUACAAGACCGGGCUGUGGUGACAUUGAGCGAGGGGGCCAAAGUGACCGAGCGGCUCAUCACGGUGGACUCGUUGCGGAGGAUGAAGGUGGACCGGUAUCAGCAUGUGACGUCCAGACUGAACUUGGACUUCAACUCUGGGAAGGGGGGAGGGGAGGAAGUGCCGCCCAAGUCCUCCAAGAGGAGCGCGGCGUCGGCAAGCAUGCGGCCAAUGUCGCUGUCCACGACCACCAUCCCGAUCAUGGACCCGGUGUAUAUCAUGCCUGUGCCUGUGCAGCGAGGAGGAUACGCGAGAGCCUCAGUGUCAAAGCUGCAGGAGAACCUUCAGAGGAGGCUGACUUCUGACAUCAUGAUCGGCCCCUCCUUCUCCUACUACGGCGGGGGUGGAGGAACAGGAGGAGCGGUAAAGACUGGGGACCCAAGAGGCACGGUGAAGGCAGUGGAGUUUGGGGAGAGCGGGUGGUUGAGCCCUGAGAGGACGAGGCAGCAGGGCGGCUCCCAGCCUCUCGGGGGGGAGGACGCUCUGAGAUCGCCAGGAGGGAGGGGCUUGCUUAUGACGACGGGGCUAAGGUGUCAGACUUCAGAGAAGAAGAGGAGGAGCUGGGAGGGGAGCGAGGCUACAGCAGCAAUGGAGGAGAGGAUGCAGGGGAAGGUGCAGAUAGCGGAGAGCAUCCUGUUGCACCUGAGGACGAGAGACCAGGCGGAGAAUCACCAGCAGCACCAGCAGCAUCAGGGCUGGCGAGAAGCGAACAACUUGCCGAGAGAUCCGCCAUGGCAGCCCAAGAUCACAGUAAAGACGUCCAGGGACAGGAUACGAAUCCUCAGCCAGCAGGCGGCAGCUCAGCAGCGGACGAUAGCAGACUCAUUCAGGCCAGGAAGGACUCUCAGUCAGACGUCAGUCGACUCGCAACUUGCCCGCAGCCUGAGAAAGCGAAAUGGGUCAAUCUAUCGGGAGAUGAAGACCCUAAGGUUUGGUAAAGAAGAACAGAAGGGCGAGGAGGAACGUAUGCUGUCAGUCAGCCUCAACGACCUGAGGAAGGAGAACUACAAAGAG